AACAAUAAAAAGCAACUUAUAACAUUGCAGUUCAUCUUUCAGAAACUUAUAAACUUUUCGCCGAGAUCAUGUAUGUGCAUGAUAUAAUUAUAAAGGCAGCAUCUUCUUCUUCUUCUUUUUGGGGGUUACAUGUUAAAGAUCCUACAAAGGUAAAUGCUACUAGAGUUGGUGUUAAAGAUCGGAGCAUGCUUCUUCCCACGAUUCGAACUAUCCCCGUAAAGCCAAUGAUGGUAAUGAUCAACCACAAGAAAGCGCUUCCAAAACUGGUUUCGGAUCUUGAUUUAGGGAGAAUGGUUAACGACGGGUUAGUUUUCCGACAAAAUAUUUAUAUUAGAUCAUAUGAAGUUGGGCCAGAUCAAACAACUUCUAUAGAAACAAUUAUGAAUCAUUUGCAGGAAACAGCCCUUAAUCACUUAAAGACGAUUGGAAUCUUGCAAGAUGGCUUCGGUUCAACACCAGAGAUGUGCAAGAAGAACCUAAUAUGGGUGAUGACUAAGAUGCAACUAGUAGUGGACCGUUCUCCAGCAUGGGGGGAUGUUGUUCAAGUUGAUACUUGGAAAGCUGCAUCCGGGAAAAAUGGUAUGCGUUGUAAUUGGAUGUUUCGCGAUUCCAAAACAGGCGCGAUUUUAAUAAGAGCGUCAAGCAUUUGGGUGAUGAUGAACAAAGAGACAAGAAGGUUAUUCAAAUUCCCAUAUGAAGUUCGAGCUGAGUUAGAACAAUACUUUCUGGAUACACCGCCUGUGGUCAAACAAGAUACUAUAAAAUGGUCAAAGCAAGAUGAGAACAUAGUUGACCAUGUUCGCAACGGGUUAACGCCAAGAUGGAGCGAUUUGGAUAUCAAUCAACAUGUUAACAAUGUGAAAUAUAUUGGGUGGAUACUCGAGAGUGUUCCCGUGACAAUUAUGGAAAACUAUGAGCUCACUAGCAUGACUUUAGAGUACUGUCGAGAGUGUAGGAAGGAUAAUGUGGUCCAGUCUCGCACUUUUGUAAUUGGGACCGACAAUGGAGAAAUAGCCAAUCGCGACCAUGUUGAUUGUGAACAUCUGCUUCAACUUGAGAUCGGAGGUGGCAGUGGUGAUCGUAUCAUGAAAGGUAGGUCGCGAUGGCGGUCAAAAUAUGCUGAAAAGUAAGGACACAUUAGUUGUUUUUAUAAGUAAGUGGCAGGCUAAUAUUAGAGAAUACAUAUGGUAAAACACACAUUAUUAACUCUUUUCCACGAUCAGCUAAAACCCAAGGGGUACGGAAGAUCUAAACCUACAUACGUUCAAGUUGUUGAUCCAUGUGAAUCCUUUAUCUUAUUUUCUCUGUCUCUUAUAUUGCAUUUAUAAAAUACCUAAUGUAUUGUACAAUAAAAUAUAAAUGUGGUGGACAAAUGUUAGACACAUAAAAU